GAUCCUCGUCCCGCUCACCCACUCCUGUCCCUGCCAGCAGUGCUGCAUCCUCACCCACCAGAUGUGCAAGUGGCUGCAGAGAGCUCCCCUCCCUGAGCACAGGUGCUCUCUUUCAAGAAAAACAAUGGUGAACUUGGAAACCAGCUGGAGGUUGCAAAGUCUCCUUUCUCUUGAGGUUGGUGGCCAAUGGUCGUCAUCUACCAUACCUAAGGAAACUAGAAGAGCUCCACACUAACUUCUGUAAGGUCUACUUCACUAUGGAAGUUCAAAUGAUUUUCUGGCUCAGGUUUUGUGAUGUUCGGCAUCUGCCUUGGACCUGGAAUUUGGAAAAGGGAUCAUCUCUGAGGCACGGUUAAGAGACAGAGAAACCAGCCCCAGACAAUGAGCACUUUAAGUAGCACUGGAAUAUUACUCAGCUUAACAACAGUGUCUGUUACACUGGAUUUUAGUUUGCAUGGUGGUCUGAUGGCUUGGUCCUUAAGCAGCAAUUUGACUCUGAACCAGAGUUUGCCUACAUCUGAUCCUCUCAACACCUCUGAGAAGGGCGAAGCCUCUCGGAUGUCCGUGAGGGAGAAGAAUUGGCCAGCCCUCCUGAUCUUGGUUGUCAUCCUGCUGACCAUUGGGGGAAACAUACUGGUAAUUAUGGCUGUGUCCUUGGAGAAGAAGUUGCAGAAUGCCACAAACUUCUUCCUGAUGUCACUGGCAGUAGCAGACAUGCUGGUGGGUAUCCUGGUCAUGCCCGUGUCGCUCAUUGCAGUUCUGUACGAUUAUGCUUGGCCUUUGCCUAAACAGUUGUGCCCUAUAUGGAUUUCCCUAGAUGUGCUCUUUUCAACUGCAUCUAUUAUGCAUCUCUGUGCCAUCUCUCUUGAUCGGUACGUAGCAAUUCGCAAUCCCAUUGAGCACAGCCGCUUCAAUUCCCGCACCAAGGCCAUUAUGAAAAUUGCUGCAGUUUGGACCAUAUCCAUAGGGAUAUCUAUGCCUAUUCCGGUCAUUGGUUUGCAGGAUGACUCACGGGUGUUUGUAAAUGGGACCUGCGUCCUUAACGACGAGAACUUCGUCCUCAUUGGAUCCUUCAUGGCUUUCUUCAUCCCUCUCAUCAUCAUGGUGAUCACAUAUUGCCUGACUGUCCAGGUGCUGCAGAGACAGGCCACGGUGUUCAUGUGUGGAGAGGUGCCCAAGCAGAGAAGGAGCAGCGUGAACUGCCUCAAGAAGGAAAACAACACAGAGAACAUUUCAAUGCUUCACAAUCACGAGGGGGCAUCCCACUUGAACUCUCCUGUAAAUAAGGAGGCUGUGCUUUUCCGGAAAGGAACGAUGCAGUCCAUCAACAAUGAGCGAAGAGCCUCCAAGGUCCUGGGCAUCGUCUUCUUUUUGUUCCUCAUCAUGUGGUGCCCGUUUUUCAUCACUAAUGUCAUGUCUGUCCUUUGCAAGGAAGCCUGCGAUAAAGACCUGUUGAGUGAACUCCUUGACGUGUUUGUGUGGGUGGGGUACGUGUGCUCCGGGGUGAAUCCCCUGGUGUACACUCUCUUCAACAAAACCUACCGCAGGGCUUUCUCCAAUUACAUCCGCUGCCAAUACAAGCCUGGUAAAAAAUCAGCACUGAGGCAGAAUCAGUGUCUGAAUGUGGCUUCAACAGCUUUAUAUGGGAAAGACCUGACUUUAACUAGUUAUCGAAAUGGCAAUGAAUUCAAUAGCAUGGAACUAGAUGAAGCUGAGGAGGGCCUUGAGAUGCAACCAGGGACCUCAGAGCUCUCCAUAAACAGCUGUAAUGUUGUAAGUGAACGAGUGAGCUGUGUGUAAAAGUGACUCUCACAGACCUCUGCUAUGGUGUAUCUGUAGCAAAAAUAUAUUGUGUAAAAAUGUAAGUGUCGGUCAAAGGACAAUGUAAAUAUUGCAUUCUGAACAAAGCUUUCUUUUUUUUUUUUUUUUUAAGAGAAAAAAAAGUUGUCUUUCCAGUCCAGUACUUAAAAUAAUAUAUAUUAAUAUACUGCAGUGAAGUUUAAGGUUCUAUAUUUACUGUUAAUACUAGAUCAGAACUAUUAGUUACUUUGCAUAUGUCAUGGACAAAAUGUUUGAAUUCUUCUUCCAGUGCAUGAACAAAAAUGCUGAAUAUUUAUCUCAGGUGGAAUUUGCUGGAGUCCAGAAUGGCACGUUAAUAGUUAUAUAUCAAAUACAUGCUAUUAGACUUGG